AUGCACGAGCACCAGUUUGCAGUCAACCGCGAGGAUAAACUGUCACUGGUAUUGGGCCACAUGCAACAGGAUAAACAUCGUUUCUCCUUUGGGGAAGCAAGCGUCCUCAGUCGAGCCCAUGACAAGUUGGCCAGGCUGGUGUUCGAAGCUGAUCCUCAGUUAUCACAAUCAACGGAGCCAUUGAUCUUCAUCCGGCCUACCAGGCGCUGCGUACAAGGCUUCAGUCAGUCCAGACGGGGCCUACAGUACUGGCGAGUGAGAGCGGCCCCUCCAACAGUUGUCACCUUCACAGCAGAGGGAGGAGCCAGCAGGAGGCCACAAAACCAACGCAAGACACCGCCCCACCGGCGCGCCCAGACAGCCGAGCGUGAUUCGCACAUGAAAUGGCAGCUGAUCAGUCCAUCCGAUUAUGGGGUGAGGGCCCAUGGGCACACUGGAGUAGCAGCGACUACGACAGCCGGGCAGGUGACAGAGGUCACAAGAGCGCGCCAUCGGCCGUCCGCGGAGGAAGCAAAGCCAAUAUCCAGCCAAAAGGCAGGCCAGAGUUCGUGCCCGCGCAUAUACUUAACCCUUGCCAAAAUAAAUUAAGAAACCUUUAGCAUAUUUUCCUAGGUCCUUUUCUGCCGAUUGGAAAGAAAGUGCAUGUUACCGCUGUUAUCUGGCCCUGUGGUCGCACUUGAGAACGCAGGCUGUAAUCAUACAUUUUCUCCUAGCGCGUAUGACUAUCGGAUUAGACCACCUCGUUCAGUUCUAAGACCCUCGAAAUAAUUACAUCCGAUUGCCUAGGGUGAAACUAUUUGCGUGCUCCCCUUUGUGGCCCUAUAGGCAUGGUUCACACAGUCACAAUCUUGCAUCGCUAACUGUUAGUAGAUACAGCAUUAUGCCGCAUCUCCAACGACCGUCUGAAGACCUUCCUGAUGGAUUUGCGUUUAAUUUGCAUCUUUUGCCCGUGGUAGGUCUCAACGUUAACUCACUAGCAAAUGCGGAGAUUCAACGAGAAAGGAAAUGAUCCACCAGCCCGACGAUCCUUGACACGGUCUUAACCAUCUCCCUCCGAUGAAAUGUUGACGCACAACCCAGGCUCCAAAAACCCGUCAGAUAUACUCUAAGGGCCGACAAGCGCGACAUGCUCCUUUUGUUUUUGUUCAGUUUUGUGCACUGCAGGUUUGGAAAAUGCUGAGCCAACCAAGAUCUCACUCGUCAGUAUUUCAAUAAACCUGUUCCAGUGAGCCCUUUUGAAAUUUGCCAAAAAUCGUACUGCUCGCAGUGUACUUAGUGAUACCUUAGAGGGGCCUUUAUGGCUGAAGUUAUCAGUUGCUUUCAAAAGCGAUUAACCACCAGGUUCUGCCCCGCUAAUUCUUGUUACUCAACCUUAACUUUCACCGCUAUUGCCCAAGAGCAUAACUGCAAGUCAGAACAUCAGAUUAAUCAUCACGGAAUUGGACCUCAGUGCUCUGUUAAGCGUCGCUUGCUUGCAAGAUGUGGAGGGAGAUAAAUUUAUAAGUCACAUCGUGACUGCUGUUUUUACCACUUAUGAAAAUGUAAGCCGAGAAGAUAUAAACUGUUGACAGCUGCUUUGCUGUGCAGCUUCAUCAACCAGCCACACUGUAAGCAUUCUUUUGGAGUGAGUCCGAAUAAGAUUCUGAAUCUCAUGCAAACGUGAAUGCAGUAUUUAGCGGGUUGACUAUUUACGGACUUGACAUAUUAUUUGCAGUGAUGGACAUUCUCGUAUCUUAUAAGAUGUCAAAAUAAAGGGGAGGAGAGGGAAUAUUUUUCGGGAUAUUUUUUCGCAGUUGUCAGUCCUUCUUGAUAGGCUAUAUCCCAAGAAUAUCUUAACUUUAUUUUAAGCAAAUGUAAACCAUAUCGACAAGGCGAAAUAUUAACGGUUUCGCAAGCACUUCAAACAUCAAGAUCCCAAGCGGAUCAGAAACGAUAUCGUUGACACUAUUCAAAAACGGGCAAAAAUACAAGCCUGAAAAUCUCCGCACACCCAUUGUUGUUCGAAUUGCCAGGGUCACCUUUACUGUGUUUUCGAAUCAUGACUCUGCAGCGCAUAUGACAUUUUAUGCAUCUCUGAUUCGAGAUAGAGUGGGAACUCCGGAAAACCAUUGCAAACAAAUAUACUGACAGACGUUUUUCUCCCCUACAUUUGCGAAUAUAAUUUUUACUGCUAUAGCCUCAAACCUUUAAGUGUGCAAAUGUUCAUACCGCCACCGAACCCGGGUUAAUUUAUCUCGCUAAUGAAAGGCUAGAGAUUGGGCUCUUGUUUGCGUGGAAGUGUGAAAUCGCUGAUGUCUACUGUGACUUGAGAUCUUAUAUACGUGUAAGGAAGUUAAAGAAGGUUAGUAUUGUAAUGGAGGCGAAUUCAACGCCCUAACCUGACCUCGUGGUGUUGCUGCAGAAACCAAUGUUCUUUGCUUGUUUACGCGAAUGUUGGUUGGUCAAAACAGCAUAGACAAACACUAAGCUGAAUAAUGACAUAGAGUGCUAUUAGUUAAUAUGGUUAAGCCUAGUAGUAUGAAGGAUGAAUCGCACUAUCCUGUCACCGUCGGUAUAAAUGGACACUCCUUUACGAUGUAUUUUUAGAUCAGAACGAGUCGUAAUCCUCGUUCCGGAGUCUGUACGACACGUGAAUCAAAGUUAUUCUUCCGUCGGGCCUACAAACACUCACAAGUAGGACCCAGAAAAGUGCUCUAGAGCUCUUCAGAUUCUAUUUUCAUCUCGUCUUAGUAAUGCUUUUUGGUGCUCCCACCUACCCUCCAAGAAUCAUGACUUCAGACCACCACCCUUCGCAUCCGGCCGGCCAAAUGAACCCAAUCCCAGACUGCCGGACGCCCUGAUCGCUGUGGACGGAUCACAUGCAUACCAGCCUGUUGUGAUGCUGCGGUAUGUCAUUGAUCAGGCGGACGCGAGCUUUCACCUUUAACUUCAACCGCAGAACAUGAACGCACGACCCCAAUACUGUUCCGCACCAACGCCUUCUUACUAAAAUUGCGCGCCAUCGGCAUCCGGGGAGAUCUUCUGAACUGGAUUAGGGCGUUUCUGGUUGAUCGGAAACAACGUGUCUGUAUCGGGGAUGAUAUGUCAGACUGGGUGAAUGUGACCAGUGGUGUGCCUCAAGACUCAGUUCUGGGACCAUUGCUCUUUAUCCUUUAUGUUAACGACAGCCAUCAGGAACUCGACUGCGGCAAAAUAAGGUUUGCAGACGACGUUAAGCUCUGGCAAGUCAUUAAGGGACCGAAUGAUCAGAGAGCCCUUCAAGAUAAUCUGCAGCGACUGCAAGCGCGGUCGAAGAAAUGGUUUCUAGAUUUCAAUGUGGAGAAGUGUGCCGUCCUUCAUCUCCGUCCAACCAACUCUCAUUCAAAUGAGAGCCUGAGGACAUAUCACCUGAAAGAUAUGAGGCUCUCUGAAGAAUCUCUACAGAAGGAUCUCGGGAUUUGGAUACAGAAAAACCUGAAACCAACACUGCAGUGCCACAAGGCUGCAAAAAACCCCAUGAGAGCGCUGCAUGCAAUAAAAAGGGCUUUCGUUAACUUUGUCCAAGAACUUUUUGGGAGAAUUUACGGCAAUUUUGUUCGGCCCCACUUAGAAUAUGUCGUAAAAGCGUGGCGGCCAUGGCUAGUAAAGGACCAAACAUGCCUCGAACGGCUACAACGGCGUGCAAUAAAGCUGGUAAACGGUCUUAAAAGCAAAUCCCACACAGGCAGACUGAACUGUCUUAAUUUAUUCACUCUUUGGUGAUCUUAUCCUCGUCUACAAGAUAAUACAUGGCUUUGAGCAGGGACGUAAAUUUGAGGACAUGUUUCAGUGGCACCUUUCACCCAAUUUUCGUGGUCACUCGAUGAAGUUUCGGACAACAACGUCCAGACUCUAUCUUCGUUCAGAAUUUUUCACGCAGAGGGUAGUCGGGAAAUGGAACGAUCUCCCUCAGUCAUUCGUGGAGGCUAUGUCUCUCAAACUCUUCAAGAAACGCUUGGAUGACUAUUAGUGUCCCCUGUUUUCCCUCGACAGUCUGAAUCUGAACUAAUACCACACAACCUGCAAAUAUUAUCUCUGAUACAAUGCUACUCAAAUGAACCAAGUACUGUUUUAAUAGCGAAUAUUUUCAUUGUUCGUGUACAGUUAUUUCUAACGAGCUGACAUGUAAUCAAUAGGGUUUUCAAAGGCUUUGCCUAUUAUCCUUACCAAAUAAACUGAAAUAAAUGUUGUUCGCGCGGCUAGUAAGCCUUCCUGUCUGUUGAACUGCUCAGGUGGAAAAGACACCUAAUUUGAAGAAGAUUAACGCGCGAUUACUGGGGAAGUACUUGUCUUAGUCUGAGCUUUCGGUCUCAUACAGGCGGCCAUCGUCAGAGACUGUGAAAAUGCGGCGGCUAUUGAGCAAUUUAGUGGCCCAACAAGAAAAGGGGGGAUAGGAAUGCAGAGGGUGGCGUUCGCGAUAUGGCUGAGUCCACGCCGACUCUUGGCGAAGUAACUGCGUGCACCCUUGGAUGGGGAUUGGGUCUCGCAUCUUGGCCGCGGAAACUGAGCGCAUGACAGCCCGAUGUCUCUUAAAAACAUUUCAAAUACGUUGAUUUUCAUCCAUGUUCCCAACACUGAACUACUCUUGUCGCCACUUUAAGGGCAAAUGUUCCGGCUGAGAGUUACAGAAGAACUCACUCGUCUGGUUGGCCUGACUACACACAGGACUGUAAGACUGGAAAUUGGGUCUCCUCAAGGUUAAGCAUCUGACUUUCGUACACUGCAAACGGUUAAAAUCGGGACGGCCAGUUAAUAAACAAGUAAAACAAUGUUUAAUAUAAGGUGAUAGCAUAGUAACAGCACAGGAACUAGUAAAAAGCCCAUACACGCGUGCUUCGCCGACGUUUUGCCGCUGCAUGGCGCAGCUGCGAGGGGUUCGGCUCGAAUAAGACAUGAACCCUUCUGGAGAAUCUGAAGCCACUGAACCGGUAGAAUAGCGCUCUACAGUACAUGCGCCUAUCCGCUGCGGAAAAACACCCGAAGAAUUGCGUGAAUUAUGGGCGUGCCAAAAGUCCAGAUGGAGAAUUUAUCUUCAAAGCGGACUGCCGACAGCACAGGAUAUCUUAUGCAUCAAUGAACAAGUUCACUUUUUCUGAUGGCGAAAUUCUUAACUGGUAACGUAAUUUACACAAACAACAUCAUCUCAGAGUUUGUGCACCGGAAAGGGCAGGCUAUGGGAGUAAAAUAUGGAUUAGCGUGCGCUCCUAAGAUGUCUUUUUGUUUAUAAAGUUUCCAGUCAAAUGCGCCCUUUCAAUUCCUCAAAGUCGACCGGAACACAUAUUAGUCCUUUAAGAUAUCACGCUACUCCCGAUUGAUAAACUAAUCCAAGCACGCAUAUUUGACUCGGAUCAGCUUACUUUACUUACAUAAACUAAGUCCGUCGAAUAAUCGGAGUGACUUGUCAUGAGUAAUUCUCACUCUCUUCUUGUAGUGACCUCUUUUUAAUGAUUUUAAGAACACAGCCAGCGAAACAUUGUGGUCUUUUCAGCGUGGGCACUUCUGUUGUACUCAGUUGCGAACAAGUUAAUCGCUUCCUCACUGCACUCGAGUCGAUUUACCCAAGCAUACAAUUUACAAAUGAAGCCGAGUCUUGUCGAGGCGGACUGACGUUUCUCGAUUGGCUUUUGUUUAGAAUAAGACACGUUUUUUUUGAAAUAACCGUGUGCACUCGAUUAUAAAACAAUGACUCAUAUUUGCCGUUGGAUUCCUUCUCUGACCUCUGUGCACCUAUACAUGCAUAUGACAAGGAGGCGGUUACUGCUGGUAUUGGGAAAUUUAACGUUCUCCUAGCUCAGAUUGGAUGCUUUUUGUAUUCUAUGAUCAUCUGUCAUCUGAGCUGCUACAUUUUCUCCUGUUUAUUUACAUACGAAUUUUCUUCUAUGGGCAUAUGUUAUCCUAUUUUUUACAUUAUCUACUAACAUUUUCCCCUCUUUGUUUAUCUGAAAUACAAUAAUGAGACCAUCUGCUAACACUGCUUUGAAGGAAGUAAAAUGUGAUGCGAAUUUCAAAACUAAUUUACCGGCGAUUAUUGAUGAUGUCGACAGUUGAGGUUAUCAUCUCUUAAACAUCGUUUGAGGUCUUCUGGUGCCAUGAUUUGCAUGCCCAUUUUUAUCCACUUUGGAUGGAGGUCUUUUGCUGGACAUUUUGGAAUUGUACAUCGAAGAUAAAGGCAUGUAUAAAUAGUAAUUUAAUAAAGAAUUAUACCAUACUCCCGUCAUAGGUACUAGCUAAAAAACCAGAAACUUUCGUUGAUAUUCUGCGCUUCGUGAUAUAGAUGCGAGGGAUUCGACUCCUCAGUCGGGUCCCCAGCUUACUUCAGAGACUAAUCAAGCGAAUAUCUUUAGAAAUUAUUCAGUGCAGGACAUGGAGAUUGGCCACCGGGAAAUGACAUUUUAGAGUCAGAUCCGAAAUUUCAAGAAACAUUCGAGUCGAAGAUUAGCAACUACUGCUAAUCAUACAGACAAGUAGUACUACAAGUGGUAUACCGUCUAUGCUCCCGUCGCAGAUAUUAGCUAAAAGCCCAGACACGUGUUCCGCCAAUAUUCUGCCACUGCAUGACACUAAUGCGCGUUAUUCCAUCGUAGCUGAUUGUAUUGAACUCCAUUAUUCAUCGAAAUAUCGUUCUGACCAUAAAAAAACUUAUUCCGUAGGCCCAUCAUCAUAUCCUGUACUGACAAAUUUCUGAAAUGAUUUGCUUGAUAUAUAAAUAUAUAUACCCCUGUCUGCAUCAGUAAUGAAUGAUUGUUAUAUGCUAAAAACAUGGGCCAUAAUCCAGAUCACCCAUUUCGCCUAUUAGACCACUUGGAGAACUUCAUUUUCUCCAACUAUGGCAAAAACAGUGGCGACGGUGAUAGUGUCUUGCGGUUCUGUGAUUUUGCUGUGGUAAUUGAUUUACGGCCGAAAUUCAAAUAUUACUUUGUCGUGGGGAAUUAGUGUGCCGUGGAUGAAGAAGGUGAACCAGUAAGUGCGUUUUUUCCUUAAGUUUCGAAUUAAACGCCCUCACUGAAUAAUGCCGAGGCAUUACGAUAUAUGGAAUCGAACUUGAGUGUCCUAGCACGAAGGCAGUCUCUGUCUGGUCAAACCUCGUACCGACCACGGGUUCAUUCGCGCUGUUUCUUCAUGAUGUCUGCGAUAGUUGCGACCCGGCAAGGUGAAAGCGGAAAAAUAACUUUAAGGCCUGAGAUAACUAGCUACGAUUCUCCCCAUUGAGCUGAGGGAAAGAAUUUCAAACUUUUCAGCUCUUGCCAUGAGGAUGACCAUCUCUUUUUAAGAUGGAUCGCGCCAUUCCAGUCGUUGUUUCGCAGGAGUACCUCCGCGGCGUACUUUUGAGAAAGACCUACUAAAUCGAGCCGCAGAAAAUCCGAAGUUGUUCUAUGGUUACAUAAGAAGAAGCACACGAAACAGAGACCCAAUCCCGUUAUUGAAAACUAGUGACGACCUAGAACUCAGUGAAGACGGAGAAAAGGCAGAGCACCUUUCACAGUUCUUUAAGUCCAUCUUUACGAAGGAAAGCGCAUUUCUCCCUCCCGACUGCGACAUAGUGGACGGGCCAACGAUUGAGCACGCCUCUUUCGCCGAAGCUAUUGUUCGCAAAGAACUGUUGAAGUUGAAUGAGUCUAAAUCACCUGGGCCGGAUGACAUACCGCCCAAAUUGUUGAAGUAA